AUGGCUUCCGGCGGCGGAUACCGUAGUCAGUCGGGACAAAGUCUUUCGUCUCUCGGAGAAGCUCCGUGCAUACAGCGGGAGAUGAGUAGCAAACUCUGCGGCGUGCGCCGAAAUAGCAGCAGCUUUGCGCUGCUGAAGCGCCUGGAGGCAGCUGGACCCGAGUGGCGCGAUGUGGAGGGCCUGAGCGAUCCAAGCAUCGACCACAGCGCUUCGGAGCAGGAUGUCCAGGAUAAGUCUGCCAUCAGCCCCUCUCAGUAUCGGUGGGCCGCGGAGCGCGACAGGUUCUUGUCCAUCCUAGAACUCCAAGCCCCUGCGUACCCACGGAUCCUCUGCGUGGCGCGGCGAUAUUUGCGAAAAAACAAGUAUGUGGACAUCACUGGUGAGUUUCACUUGGACCUCAUCCAGGACAAUGGGGGCGCCCCCAUCAUCCUGCCCCGCACGACAAAGACCAUCGCGCAGCUGUGCGAGUACUUGCCGAUGGACGGCCUGGUCAUUGCCGAAGGCAAUGACUUGUCUGACGACAUCUUGAAGAAGUACGGCUGCAGCAUUCCUGAGCGCCUCAGUGGGGAGGCCGCGAAGAAGUUCGCCAGCGACACAGAGAUGGAUGUGUCCAAAGAUGAGCUGGAGUUCGCUCUCAUGCGCUUCGCAUUAGCGGCCGGAGUGCCGAUUCUGACUUUCUGCCGUGGCUCGCAGAUGCUGAACGUCAUGAGAGGAGGGACUCUCAUAGGUGACAUCGAGAGCCAGACCGACAGCAAGAUCAAGAAGCGCAAGCUGAGCAAUGACCUCAGAGAGCUUCGUGCUGAGCAUGCCCGCUCGCAGCAGCGCAUUCUAGCCAUGGAGCAGGAGCUCCAGCAGCCUGGCACGGAUGACAUGGCAAACCCGCGAGACAUUUCGGCCUGA